GCGGAGCUCUGCUAGUGAGUUUCAUCUUCAAACUGGAGGCACAACGUUACUCUGAUCUCCGGCACCUCUGUACUCGCGACCUCCUCAUUGGUUGAACUAAUAAGUAGUUAUUGUAACAUUUAAACAAUCUAUUAUUUUCACUGUGAUCUGAUUAUUCAAUCGGGGGAUGUGUAUCUAGAGGCUAGCGUCAUCCAUAAGUUAGUUACUGGGGAUUUUGUUUCUGCAGUACCAUGGGGUCCAGUCGUCUCAUCUGCAGUUUCAUCGUUGUUCUCAUCCACCUGCGGGAGUCACCUCGAUGUUCAGCUGCAUCCAGCAUUGACGUGCCGCUGAGAGGCGCGGCCGUUCAGUCUUCAACCUAUGAGGGCUGGAGCGCUGGACAGGCCAUCGAUGGGAGCUGCAGCCCUGAUGGGAAGGACAGCUGCACUCACACCUUGGCGAUGGACAAUCCGUGGUGGAGGCUCCAGCUGGACGGUGUGUACAGGGUGUCCGUGAUCGAGAUCACUAAUAUGUACUCAACAAGGAAGUGGCUCGACGGCGUGGAAAUACACAUCGGCAAUUCACUGGUCAACAACGGCAACGACAACCCGAGGUGUGCCAUCAUCCACGAUGUCCCCGACGGCUUGACUCAGACUGUCCAUUGCUGGGGAAUGGAAGGAAUGUACGUCAACUUCUACAAGCCCUUCAACACUACAUACUUGAUGUUGUGCGAGGUCAAAGUGUACGGAGAGUUGGCCCCCCCUCCCCCCUCCAUCAGCACUCCGGGGGUGGGGAUGAACGUCACCCUGGUGGGGAAGCGGCUGUGCUGGUCAGACGCCCUGUUCUACUGCAGAGACUAUCACUGGGACCUGCUGACUCUCAGGGGCCCGGCGGAGCAGGAGAUGGUUGACGAUCUGGUGGCUCGCGCCCCCUUCACACUGACCAGCCAUCUCUGGGUGGGCCUGCGCAGGUCUAUUCUAGGAAGCUCUUGGUUCUGGAUGUCGGGUGACCCGAUGGACUUCACCCAGUGGGACGAGGCCUCACAGGAGCCCAGCCCCUGUGGGGGCAUUUCCAGCACAGAACGUUCCACAUGGAGGCAACGCUUUUGUGGGGAACAUCUCAACUUCAUCUGUUUCACAGGUCCGACAGGAGGGAAAAAGGUGCGCUUCUUUAGUACAACAAGAGUGAAACCAACCUGUAAAAACUAGGUUUGUCUUGCUGGAGAAUGCAACUACUGAAUCCCAAGUAGUCAUACGUAGUGGAGAUUCUGAAUGCUUUAGCACAGAGCUUGUCUGUGGUAGCUAACCAGUUCUGCAUUUUGUUUACAAACUCACGGAAGAUGUAUAUCCAUGGAAUUAGUGCUGUAAUAGCUUGAACGUGUAAAAGCGUAGGUAGAAGUAAUUUAUUUACUUUAGAAUAUAAUCAUUGAACAUCCAUAUGAGCAGAUCUGGUUGACGUUGCAUUAGUCCUUUGAUUGAAAUGUGGAGAUUGUGAGAAUAUGCUAUAUAAAUACCAUAUAAAAUAUUGGUCAUGUUUUAUUUCUAUGUCUUUAAUUCUUGAAAUAAAGAAAACAACUUAA